UGUCCGCAUUGCGAAGCGAAGUUCUUCGAUAUACACCAGUUGAGGAAGCAUCUUGUUAGGCAUAACCCUUUGAGGAUCUUCGAGUGUUCGUAUUGUAGAAAGAAGUUUCCGAGGCUGAACACUUUGAGGCAGCAUGAGAAGAUACACACGGGUGACAAAAGGAAGGUCUGCCCGAUAUGUGAUGAGAGAUUACUCUGUACAAAACAUUGGUGGCAGCAAAAGAUAUCGUUGUAAACAGUGCAGAAAAUAUUUUCCACUAGUGAAAACUAUAGUGGAACAUUUAAAGGAACAUAAAGAAUCACUAGAGUGUCCACUCUGUAAUGUCAAAUUCACUAGAAAGCAGAAAAGAACCGAACACCUACUGAAUAAACAUGGCGUUGAAGAAACCACAGACGAAUCUGGCAACAUCGUGCAGAAAGAUAUAAAAAGUCCAUGCAACGUUUGCGGGAAAGAAUACAAUGUUGGUGAUAUAUAUAACAGGCAUGUUAGAACACACAAACCAAUAAAAUGUCCAGAAUGCUCUCUAGAAUUUAAAGAUUACGAAAUCCCGCAGCAUUUGAAAGAAGUACACAACAAUAUGUCGAUGACUUGCGGCAUUUGUGGUUACCAAGUGGACAAACGCUGUUUGAUGAUCAAGCAUCAGAGGAGAGUGCACUUAAAGGAGAAAAAUUACACGUGUCACAUUUGCAACGCGAAUCUAUUCGGCAGUUCUGAUUUAAAAAAACAUCUUGUGAGGCACAAUCCUGUUAAGAUGUAUGAAUGCGCGCAUUGCCAGAAGAAGUAUCCGCGUCGGAGCACAUUGGUCCAAUAUUUGAUGAUCCAUACGGGGAAUAAGAGGAAAGUAUGCCCCAUUUGCGACCAGCGUUUCGUGCAGAAAGCAAGUUUGAACUAUCACAUGACGAAAUAUCAUCCGGAGUCAUGUUAAUUCAUUCAAUUUCAGCGCCAAAGAGGGAUAAUAGACGAGGAUAUAAAUAAGUUAAUUGAUCCAUCGAAUAGAAUUUACUUUAUAUUUGCACGCCUACAGUGUGGCAGAAUAAGAUUGGACUAUUUUUCUUGUAAAGUAACACCUAAAAAUGUACCUUAUUCCAGCAAAUAAAUGAUUUCAAUUUCAAUUUUUUUACGUGUAGAAAAUCUUCACCAAGAUCUUGCCAACUGUUGGAGUGAGGGCAAAACAGGCGUAUGGGAUUUUUAUCUUUCAAAUCUCGGUACGUCGUGCGGUUUGCACAAUGUACCUCGAGGCGUAUAGUCGGAUAUUUGCGGUGUCGACGAGUAGAAUUCACUGAGAAACUGAUCGACUGAUAAAGAACAAUUCUGUCAAAUAAUACACUAUUAACACUUACUUAGUCAUUAUUAAAAUGUUUGGUUAAUGUCUAAUUUGAAUAAGUUAAUUUUCUUUUAUUAUAAAUAAAAGAAUCUUUAAUUGU